UCCGAAUCCGACUUGGCCUCUCCAAUCAAAACCUAAUCCGAGAGUUCUGACAGCCUUUCCUCAGGAACCCACAAAUAAAGACAAUUCAAUCCCAGAUCCAAUUGUGAGCACUCUUUCUUUUUUACAAAAAUACAAACUUUAUACAAAAAAUAAUUAUAAUAAAACCUCUGAUUGGUGCCCUCCUCCUCCUUCCUCCUCCUAUGGAUUUUCUUGAAGCUGUUCCUCCAAUUGAGCCCUCCCACAAUCCUGGGAGUAGUGAAAAUCAAGAAAAGAAAGAGCCUGGAGAGCUUCUUGAUGAAAGCUGGUUCUUUGGCAAUUUCUUUGACAGAAAACCAAGGAUUUCCAGAUGCUAUUCUGAUAGUUCCAUGUUGCCGCCUGGGAAAUCCAUGGAGGAAACCUUUUCUUCAAUCAAUAGAUCAAUUCCAGAAGGGAGAAGGUUAUUGGGCCGGGCCGGCGGUAUGCAGAAGACACCUUCAAUGCCACCAAACGUGACAUUCAAGCAAGAACCCGACCCUGCACAGAAAGAAGAUGGCCCAAUGAUUAAAGAAUCUUUGCGUAAGAGCCUUUUAAGAGCACCUUCUCUGCCCAUUUUUGCCGACAAUAAUGAAGAGGCUGAAGAAGAUGAUGAUGAUGAAAGUGAUUUUUGUAUGGGAAAAUUGAUCAGACAAGCAUCAUUAAAGCCACCCAAACUUCUGCUCAGACAAACAUCAUUAAACCCAUCAAGAAUUCUCCCCCCAAGACAAACUCCCAAGGGAGUGAGAAGAAGCUGCAGUGUCUCUACAUUCUCUAAACUAAAAAACGAGCCAACGGAGAGCAUCAGCGCCAUUUCGGCCAGUGAUGCAGGAGAGGGAAAAACAGGUUAUGCAACAAAUUACAAUUCCAAGACAAGAAAUGGUCAUACUAGUACUACUCAAGAUAUUGAUGAACUACAAAAGUUCAAGAACUUGGCUGUAAGCUUACAAGACAAAGAAAAGGUGAGCAAAAGAGGCAAUCCAUUGGAGGAGGUAUGGCAGGGGAAGAGCUUCGGGCCGCCACCGAAGAGCGGGGGAGCAGGCAAGAAAUCAGCACAGGACAUGAAAGCACAUAUCAGGUUUUGGGCAAGAACUGUGGCAUCAAAUGUGCGCCAAGAGUGCUAAUUUUCAUCACCAAACUUAACUUCUAUCAAUUCUUUCAUGUUAAUUUUUAGUCCUCAGACAUUGUUGUACCAUAUUGUAUAUCCAAAGUACAUUUGAGUUCUCUAUUCAAAUAUGUGUACUUAGCUUUUCAGAACAUUCUUUGGGAUUGGAGAAAGCACACAAGAUUUUGGCUUUCAAUGAAAACAAAACAAACGGAAACAAACAAAAUGAGAAAGAAAAAAAAGGAAUAUUUGUUUC